AUGGCCGUUAGAGAAGCAAUUGAAGAACAGAGCUUGCCACGUUACCACGAAAGACAUUACUACCCCGUCAAAAUUGGGGAGGUGUUCAAUGGCCAGUACCGAAUUAUUGCAAAGCUUGGAUAUGGCGCAUAUUCUACUGUCUGGCUAGCCUGGGAUCAGAGGGCAAAGCAGUACACUUCACUCAAAGUGUGUAUCAGCCAAGAUGACGAAUCUUCCCCGAUUCUCAAUGAGAUCUAUAUGCUGCAGCGUUUGAAGAGAUUCGCUGACACGGACCAACGCGACCUCCCCGGAGUGGGCUUUACGCGUCUUGCUGAUGAUAUCUUUGAAAUCGACGGGACUUCCACUUACGGUCGACACUACUGCAUUGCCUCAAAACCCCAAGGCCAGAGUAUUCGCACAUUACAGGAGACAUUUCCAAAUGCCAUCCUACCCAAGCUCCUUGUAAAAUCCAUCAUACACCGCUUGUGGUUUUCUGUCAACUGGUUUCAUUCAACCUGCGGUGUUAUACAUACUGACAUUUCACCCCAGAACGUUCUGAUGCAACUUGAGGAUGAUAGCAGUCUCGAGGACAUCGAGGAUCAAGAGUCGCGGAAACCCAGUGUCCCUAUAAUCACUAUUGAAGGAGUGGUUCCCUUGUAUAGGUCUCGAAAAACCAAAUUGGAGCUUUCAGGUCUCCCAGUCCUUGUUGAUUUUGGGCAAAUGAGACUUGCAGAAGGGCAAACAAACCAGGACUGGUGGAUGUCCGAUUUAUACAGAGCUCCAGAGGUAAUCUUGGGCCUACCUUGGGAAUAUCCCGUUGAUGUGUGGUCCAUUGGUGUCAUGACACUUGAGCUCAUGGAAGGGAAAAAUUUAUUUGACCCCAUUGAUAGGGUUAACAAUCAGAAAGUUGAGCUUACCCAUGUCCCGAUAGGCAACUGGGUGUCUGAGCCUCCUAUCCCCAAAGCCUCUUUCGAGGACUUCGUCACCACAAUCCCACCGGGAGAGGAGAAGGACCAGUUUCUCAGGUUCAUACGUAAGAUACUUGUUUGGGACCCGAAAGUGAGGGCCAACUCAUAUGAGCUUAUCCAAGAUGAAUGGAUGAUGAGGCAUCCCUCAGAAGAAGAUAUGGUACUUUUAAGGAACCAGAUGAGUUAG